UUUCUUCGUUUGUUAAACUAGUUAGAAUACUGAACGCGGAACGGUGGUCUUCCCUUACUCGGUUAGUAAGCUACGGUGAAUUGUGUGCGUGUAGAGAUAGUAGAUAUCGUCUAAGUCGUUUUCCUAAUUUAUCAAAGAAAAAUACGGCCUAGUGCAAAAAAGUGCAAUUCAUAUAACGUUAUAAGUUUUGUUUUGCUAACGUAACUACCACUGGACGGUGGGAAUCUCGUUUGCGCGAUCGGGGAGUUCAAAGUUCAUUGGAAGUUUCAAGAAUCUGUUGGAAUGAGAACAAAAUCUUAAUCCAAGGUCCAGCGCAUAACAGGAACAGAUAUGCAGUACGCAACGCUGAUCGUUCUCUUCGUUCUACUGUGGACGGGGACAACCGAACAGCAGCGUACAACCUAUCGCAUACUGGGGCUGUUCCCGCACCCCGGCUUGAGCCAUUUCAAGGUGUUCUAUCCGAUCAUGAGAGAACUUGCACAAGCUGGGCAUCAGGUUUCAGUUGUCAGCUACUUUCCCAAUUUAGAUGAUCCGCAUCCCAACUAUACAGAUUACACCUUCGAAGGACAACAGGUUCUAACUAAUUCGUUCAGUUUAGAGAAAUUUUCUCGCCGAACUUUCUGGGACAAUUUUGUGGAGUUCUACGAGCUAGCCGUAUGGGGAUUUCAUUCAUGCGAGUCGGCCCUACAAUCCAAGGCCAUCGAUGCGGUACUAGAACGUCACCACCGAGAGCCAUUUGAUUUGAUUGUGACGGAGUACUUCACUACGGACUGCUUGCUCGGGUUAAGCCAUGUGUUGCAACCUACGGGUGGCGGUGUUCCCAUUGUGGGCCUGAGCAGCUGCGCUCUGAUGCCUUGGCAUUACGAUCGUGUUGGUCUGCCGGACAGUCCCGCGUAUAUUCCAUCGGAGUUCAGCACCUUUUCCGAGCGGAUGAGCUACUGGGAACGGUUCGAGAAUUGGUUGGUGACCCGUUCCGUUAAGUUUCUGUAUCGUAUUGUUCAAUGGAACGAUAAUCGUCUACUGACUGCGAGAUUUGGUGACGGAAUUCCCGAUGUUAGUGAAAUUGCGAAAAAUACUAGCUUGCUGUUGGUCAAUCAGCAUUAUACACUGAGCGGGGCGAGGCCACUGGUACCUGCUGUGGUGGAAGUCGGUGGUGUUCACAUUAGACCACCGAAGCCUUUACCCAAGGAUAUUCAGAAAAUUUUAGAUGAUUCUACCGAGGGAGUGAUAGUGAUUUCUUGGGGUUCAGUGUUGAAGGCUUCGACACUACCUAGGGUGAAGCGCGACGCUAUCGUGAAUGCCCUAAGACGUUUGUCUCUAACGGUUCUGUGGAAAUGGGAAGACGAUAAUAUAGAAGACCUCCCGAAAAAUGUGUUUAUUAAAAACUGGCUUCCACAGCGGGAUGUACUUUGCCAUCCGAACGUUCGUCUUUUCCUAUCGCAUGGUGGACUUCUGGGAGUGUCUGAAGCGGUUCACUGUCAAGUACCCGUCGUAACUACACCAAUUUAUGGCGAUCAGUUUCUCAAUGCGGCUGCGUUGGUGAAUCGCGGGAUGGGUGUGAUGAUGCACUAUCAUUUGAUCGAUACGGAAUACGUAUUCCAACGAAUCCAGGAAGGUUUACAACCAGACGUACGGCAGGCAGCGUUGGAUGUUUCGCGAGCUUACCGUCAUAGACCGCAAACACCCGUUGAAUUGGCCGUUUGGUCAAUUGAAAAUGUACUUAUGAAUGGUCAUCGUAAGCUAGAGAAGUCCUACAGCAGUGAGUUGUCAGUUCCUAUUUAUUACAACUGGGAUGUGGUAGGUGGUCUCUUAUUAAUGACUAUUUCUAUAUGCAAGGCUUUCGUCGUUGUCGCAAAGAAACUUUUCGUUCAUGAUAUAAAGAAGAAGCAGUUGUAAUAUCUAGGCACACCAUUUGGAAAUAAUGCAGUAUAGUAGGAGGAGCUGUUGUAAGUAGUCGAACGUCUUCGUCAGUGGUUUUCUUCGGCAGUUUUUCUGCAGCAAUCUUAUGCAAAAGGGGGCCGAAGAAUACCACUGACGAAGACGUUCGAUACCCUACGAACAUUUUAUUCGAAUCGAUUAUAUAAGACAAUAAUGGGAUUAAACAUUAGGUGACAAACGGAAUCAAACUUAGACUAUUUUAGCUUAAUUAAGAUUUAAUUUUAUCAGUGAGAAGUUCGUAAUGUUACCGAAAUUGUGAGAAGAUUAAAUUGUGAUCAACAGUUGACUCUCGAUUCAGAAUUGAAACUAAUUAGAUUGUUUCCGAUUGGAUACUAGAAUAGAGGUGAAAAAAAUUCAGCUCAUGUAAUGCGGUUUUUUUCACCACAAAGAAGAUGUUAAACGUUGAAGCAACAUAUACCAAUUUACGAUACUCAUAAAUAAAUUUAAAAUUAAUACUAUUGUUUGUUAGGGCAGAGCAGAUUUUACAGUAGGGGUCUUCACAUCGAGCUCGUAUACGAAUACCCAGCCGUAAACUGUGUAUCUUCCAUUACUCGUCAAUGGAGGUGAGUAUUUUUACGGCUGGGUAUUUGUUUACGAGCUCGACAUGAAUACUCAUAGUAUCUUAAAUGGUUUUGAAUAAAACAUUUUUUCGGUUAGAUUUAA